AUGGCCGACCUGAGGACAUCCUCACCAAAUCUACUACAGAUUCCAUUCAUGGGUUGUUCUGCAAUAAGUACCCGCCUUAUAAAUGCAAAGAAAAAAAAAGUGUAUUGAGAUACAGGUGAUCGUGUCAGAGGGGGUCGCCCUUUUUGAGUUCUGACAGACAAGCCAAAAUUUCUUUUCUGUAAUUGUGAAUUCUUUUUGUAAGACAUUAAGUAAGAUUAAUAGUUAUUCAGUUGAAACGUGAAGCAAGAUUUUCGGGUGAACAUGAGGUCUGAGUGAUGCAAGUUGUGUAGUGUGAAUAUCACGGGACGGACUGGAGAAUUGGUGGUUAAUUCGUGCUAAGUGAUCGUGUUGUGAUGCUCCGUAGUGAUAUUUCAUGUUAAAUGAUCAUAUGCCUAUGUUCCAUCAACUGUACAUCGUGUUAAAUGAUCAUACGUCGAUGUUCCACCACUCAACUUCAUGCUGAAGAUUGUGACUUCGAUGUUCCGCCAAGAAAGUAACAGCAUCCAGGUCCAGGUGCAUCAUCCUCAAUCCUUUGUGACUUCGAUGUCCCACCAAGAAAGUAACAGCAUCCAGGCCCAGGUACAUCAUCCUCAAUCCUUUGUGUCUUCGAUGUCCCACCAAGAAGGUAACAGCAUCCAGGUCCAGGUACAUCAUCCUCAAUCCUUUGUGACUUCGAUGUCCCACCAAGAAGGUAACAGCAUCCAGGCCCAGGUACAUCAUCCUCAAUCCUUUGUGACUUCGAUGUCCCACCAAGAAGGUAACAGCAUCCAGGCCAAGGUACAUCAUCCUCAUUCCUUUGCGAGGUACAAUCAGGCUGACAUCGCUAACCACAAGAGAAUCAAAGCUUACAAAACCAAUUCUCGUUCACCCGAAGAACGUUCAGUGAUGACAGAACGUAAAGACCACAAGACCAGUGGUCUGUCAGCCACCAACGGGAAACCAGACAUCCAGGUUGCUGAAGCUGCGGACAUCCCUUCCCACAAGACCACUAUGAACUGGCCUCCUGCCGGAAUUUCAUUUGCAUACACCUGCGACAGGUGUAGCCUGGUGGUGUGGAGACAGGUGUGGGUGAUGCUGGUGUGGCUGCUGCUGUUACCCAAAUUAACUCUGGCUGAUGAGGACUGUCAUCCCUGGCUGUCAACAACACAACAGAACCUGACAGUAACUACUGUCGACAAGCAAGACUGA